AUGACAUCGAAAACUGACGGCAUUCAACUUCUUCUACAGGCCGAAAAGAGUGCCAGUGAAAAAGUUAAUGAAGCUAAACGGCGAAAAGCAAAACGGUUGAAAGAAGCUAAAGCUGAAGCUCAGGCCGAAAUUGAAGCCGAGAAAGCAGAGCGCGAACGCCACUUUAAACUAUGCGAGGAAAAGGUACUUGGUCGUCGGUCAGAAAUAGAGCUGCAGAUUCAAAAGUUGACACAGGAGAUAAUCGACACGCAAACUAACUCAGUCAAUAUGCAUAAAGAAGAUGCUAUUAACAUGUUACUUAAUUGCGUAAUGCAGAUUCAACCUAAACUUCAUAAAAAUUAUCGCAGCGAAGCUAAAGGCUAGAAGUUUUACUGUUUUACUCUUAAAUUUAGUGAUAUACUAUCGGUUAAUUGAUUUUAUCUGUGAACAAACUGCGAAUGCAUAAUAUUUUAUCAUUUGGUCUCUACAUUAUUCUUCCUAAUAUUUAUGAUUACCUGUAAACUGUUGAGCA